GGCAUAUUUUCCUGAUGCAUGAUUGCGGACCGGUGGUAGCGCGCCCGGGAUGACAAUCGAUGACACGUCACGUCCAACAGUGCCACUACAUGCAUCCGCAAUGCGAUCGCCACAAAGUGAAACACGCAAGGCACGGAUAUGCUUCGAAAUUCCGCCACUGCUCAAGCGAACGCUGUCCCAACAAGGAGCGGCCCUCUCCCGGCUGCCAGGGCCUACUGAUGCGAACUCCCGCCGAAACGUAUCCGCCAGAGCGGGCUGUUGCCAAGCAGGUACCCUGAUGGCCCUGGCGGCCGAUCCCCCAUCCAGCAAGUAUUCAAACGGGUGGGGAAAAAACAAGAGGGGAAGGCUUGCGGAAGUGAAGUGAGGUGGGAGCGUGAGAUUGGCUCUGCGCGUGCAUCCCCACAUGUUCCAACCGACCACCCAAGUAAAAGGCACAACACAGGCGGAUGAACAGUGCACAGCAUUGAAUGCAUUUUACAGCCCAACACGCCCCGCGGCUGCUUGCAAAGGAAGGGCCCCCAAAGAGGCCCGGACGACCGCAGCGCGGGAGGCGGAAGCAAGAAUAUACAAAACGAUAACAAGAAAGAGGCGGACGAAACUGGAAAGGAGGGAGGCGGAACAAAACAGCGAAAACGCGCGAGGCUCAAGAGUAGACGAUCAGCUGGGCGCACAGGUAACUGUAGCGGGAGUUCUGGCAGCCGACCUGGAGGAGUGGAGGUCGAAGGGCGCCUAGACGCGGGUGCCGAGGCACUGGUAAUCCCAGGGGCCCAGCUGCGCAACGCCCCUCGCCAGGAUCUUGCAUUGAAUUCCACUGAUGGUGCGGGAAUCGUGAAUGUAGGUGCAGCCAGAGUCGGAGCCAAGGUCGGGGAACGGUCAGAACUGGAGUCAGGGUUGGAAAAAGGAAUGGAGUUGGUGUCGACCGCCAGGGCGGGGCCAGAAGUGACAGCUGAAGAACAGCUCGGUGUCGAUGCCUGGAUGGGGGAAGGGGGGCAGGGCUCGCAGCUGGGGCUUCCCACGAACAUCGCCAUGCGAACUCCGCCACUGGGCCGCCAUGCGAUAUUAUUUUUGCGAUGGCGAUCGAAAGAAAUAUAAAUAUCUUUUUGGGGAGCUGAGGACGCGCACCAAUAUUAUUGGAGCUCUCAGAUGUCUGGGUUGG